GCAGGCGCUACCAUGUUUCUCGUUGACUGGUUCUAUGGAAUUCUUGCAUCGCUAGGGUUUUACCACAAGAGCGCCAAGAUCCUCUUCUUGGGGCUCGACAACGCGGGAAAGACAACCCUUCUGCACAUGUUGAAGGAGAACAGGGUACAGGUGCACCAGCCCACGCUGCACCCGAACCAGGACGAGCUCAUCGUGGGGAAGGUUCGCUUCAAGACGUUCGACCUUGGAGGCCACGAGACGGCGCGAAAGCUGUGGAAGGACUACUUCACCACGGUGGACGGCGUUGUCUUCCUCGUCGAUGCGCUGGACCGGCAGCGGUUCCCGGAGGCGAAGAAGGAGCUUGACUCCCUUCUGACGGACGAGAACCUGCAGACUGUGCCGUUCCUUGUCCUGGGGAACAAGAUCGACAUGCAGGCGGCCGUGAGCGAAGACGAGCUCCGGUAUGCGAUGGGGCUCUACGACACGUUCGGGAAGGCGUCCAAGCCGGACUCGAACCCCGGGGUGCGGCCAAUCGAGCUCUACAUGUGCUCCGUGGUGAAGAGGAUGGGCUACUCGGACGGCUUCAAGUGGCUUUCGCAGUUCAUCUAGAUAUAGAAAUAUCCAUGUGGCCAGGUUGUCCGGACGGUCUUGCCUUGUAGACGGAAGGAAAGUGCGGACUUGGCACACUACUACCUUCGGAGGGCGAGGGGGGUAGGGGGACGGGGAGGGGGGGGGGGGGGGAAUAACUUUCCUCGAAAUCGCUUUUUGAGCAUGUCGGGGAUUCCUCGCCGAACUGUAACGUUUUCCGCAGAUUAUCAAGAGAGUUGGCACAUGUUUCAACAACCGCUUGCUUUGGGGCUAACGCUCCUUCCUCCCUAUCGCGGGGAUUCCCAGGUCGCUUUAGUGAUGAAUCAUCAGCCAGGGGUUUCGGCCGUGAUGGAACAGGUCACCCCUUCGUAAUCGUGCUCCCUAACGUAAGACGGGAGUAAGUAAGUAGAGGUUGGGGGAUGAAAAAGGCGACCUGCCUCUGUCUUUCAUGUCAGUCUACCAGAGGUGGCCGGGGGGAGGCGUGGCUGACGAAGGAAGGAGUACCAAGAGCAGUUUGUCUCUGUUCGGAACAGUGAUAACAAAAUAAUGUUGUAUGGAAUUUUUCGCGCGAUCGCGGCAAGCGACCGGUCGGCGAAAGCGUGACUGACUGGCCGCAGUUUUGAAAAGGGUUGCUUUAUCACAUCAGGCGAGAGUACGAACUGCUGUGCUAGGAAGGGUGGUACGGAAUCUGGCGCGUGGAAUAAAUUGCGGUCAGCACGCACGCGUCCGUCGCUGAAGAAAGCUUCAAUGCUGUACUAUUUUUGGGCCUCGAACGUGAUUCUGCUGCUGCGUGCUUCACUCCCAAAUCGUGUUGACGCGCCCAGGGCGCAUCAACUCUGCUUUCGCGCGUGCGUGUGGUACCGCUGCUGAAUGAAGCCAGCUGUGGCUUAAUUUGCGGUGAAUGUCUUUCUUUGGAU